CUCUCGCAGUGGAAAGUGGAUCCCUUUGAACCGACCGAUAACAAAGGUGGUGUUCUCACGGAAGAAUCAUCGUUUGCCACCCUCUUUCCAAAGUAUCGCGAAAAGUACCUCAGAGAAGUUUGGAGUGCUGUGACACGAGCGUUGGAAUCUCAUGGGAUUGCUUGCACCCUCGACUUGGUGCAUGGUUCCAUGUCCGUCAGGACAACGCGAAAAACGUUCGAUCCUUACGUUAUCCUCAAGGCUCGAGACCUCGUCAAACUACUAGCACGUGGAGUUGCUAUAAAUCAGGCAGUCAAGGUCCUACAAGACGACGUUGCAUGUGACAUAAUCAAGAUCGGUAGUUUGGUACGCAACAAAGAGCGCUUUGUGAAACGUCGACAACGCAUUAUCGGGCCAGAUGGGAGCACUCUAAAGGCCAUUGAGCUGCUGACCCAAUGUUAUGUAUUGGUUCAGGGAAGCACGGUUAGCGUGAUGGGGCCGUACAAGUCUCUGAAGGAGGUCCGGAGGAUUGUACUAGAUUGCAUGAAGAACAUCCACCCCAUCUACCGCAUAAAAGAGCUGAUGAUACGCAGGGAACUUGCGAAAGACCCCAAACUUGCGACGGAGUCCUGGGAUCGCUUCCUCCCCCAGUUCCGUAAGCGCCAUUUGAAGACAUCUGAGAAGACUGCGCGGAAGAACGAGGCCAAAGUUGCCAAAGAGGAGGCACGGAAAGCAGCUGGUCUUGACCCCGUCGAAUCAUCACGCAAAGACGGUCCCAGCAAGAAGACAUAUACUCCAUUCCCACCUGCUCAGAUGCCUCGCAAGGUCGAUUUGCAACUGGAGUCUGGAGAGUAUUUCUUGAAAGCGCACGAAAAAGAGGCACGUGAAGCUGAGAAACGAAAGCAGAAGCAAAACGAAAAGACUGCUUUGAGGCAGGCUGAACGAGCCGAGGUCUUCGUUGCUCCCGUUGAGGAGCCUGCGGUCACUGCCGACGAAAGGAGGAAGAAGCGCCGGUAUGCAGAGGCUGACGACGUUACAAUGGGUGAUGACACGGAAUCUCAUAAAAAGAAAGAACGCAAAAAGCAUUAA